GAGAUGGUAUAGUUGUAAAUAUUUAGAUACUUGUUACUCAACCCACCAAUCCUCCAAAACAUUUUCUCGAUCUCAAACAUAAACCUACGAAGUAAUUAACGUUAGCUUCAAAAUGGGUAGCGUAAUGAAAGCCGUUGACAUCAAAGGCGGCAAGGGGCCUGCUAAUUCCCUAUUUAUCAACCAUCAGACGCCCAAGCCCGAGCCCAAGGAGGGGGAAGCUCUUGUGCGUAUCAAAGCUUUCGGGCUGAACCGCAUGGAUCUUAUCCAGCGCGAAGGACGGUACCCGGUGCCGCCCCAGGCCCCGUCCACGCUCGGCGUCGAGUUUAGCGGGACCAUCGAUUCGUUCGGGUCCGGUUCACACGGCGAUUUCCAGAUCGGAGACGCCAUCUUCGGCCUUGCUUACGGUGGCGCAUAUGCCGAGUACGUCGCAGUGAGUUCUAAGAUGCUGCUGCAUAAGCCCAGUAGCUUCACCUGGGAGAUGGCUGCCGGAAUCCCCGAGACGUGGAUUACCGCAACUCAGGCGCUUCAUCUUGUCGGCGAAUUCGCCCCGGGAAAGACUGUCUUGUGGCAUGCUGGUGCCAGCGGUGUAAGCAUCGCCGGUAUUCAGCUGAGUAAGGAUAGCGGCGCCAGCGGUGUUUAUGCUACCGCUGGUACAGAUGAGAAGUGCCGAUUCAUCGAACGCGAUCUCGGCGCUACUAAGGCCUUUAACUACAAGACGCAGGACUGGGCACAGGAAAUUCUCGAUGUGACCGGGGGUAAGGGUGUAGAUCUUAUCGUAGACUUUAUCGGCGCAAGCUAUUUUCAGAAAAACUUGACAGUUGCGGCGAGAGACGCUAGGUGGGUUACGUUGGGUAUGAUGGGCGGUACGAAGCUCGAUGGAGUAGAUUAUAGUAUGCUCCUCUACAAAAGGAUCCGGAUAGAGGGUAGCACUCUACGGAGUAGAGACGCCGACUAUCAAGGCCGGCUGAGGGAUAAACUGGCCGAGUAUAUCCCCCAUUUUGAAAGUGGCAAACUGAAAGUACUCAUCGACACGGUCCUGCCCAUGGACGAUAUCAUUAAAGCUCAUCAGUUGCUGGAGGAAAACAAGACGACGGGAAAAAUCAUUUGUACUGUUCCAUAGGGAAAACAAGCAUACCAAAUGAUCUUUAGAGGAUACUGGUGUCUUCGUCUUCCGUGACCGAAAUCUGCACAACUAUAGGACUCAAAACCU